CAAAACUCAAGACCCUCUCUAUCAAUGUAUGCUUCAUCGCCAACAAUUUUCGUCGGUGAACGGCUUUCCUUGACGGGAAAUCGAUUUCCGAUCACCAGACUUAGCUUAUCCAAUGGAUUUAGCUCUGGAUUCCCGUCGGAAAACCGCUUGUCUGCCACGAAUUUGCGCCGCAAAAGUGCUUUCUCGGUGUCGAUCAAAGCCUUCGCCGAAACCACUUGUAGGAACGAAACCGCCGAUCUCCAAGCCGAAAAACAGCGAAGCUUCUACGAAAUCCUGUGUGUCAAGGAGACCGCCUCUCUGUCCGAGAUCAAAACCGCUUACCGCACACUGGUAAAGCGGUUUCACCCUGACGCGGUUUCAGCAGGAUCCAACGGCAGAGAUUUUAUCAAGAUUCGUGAUGCCUAUUCUACGCUGUCCGAUCCUAAGGAGAGAGCGGUUUAUGACCUUUCGAUUGGUGUCGGUAAACCGCCUAUGAAAAACGGCUAUGGCAGUCUAAGGGGGUUUCGGACGACGAAGUGGGAGACGGAUCAGUGCUGGUGAUGGACGGCCGGCAUUUGGUUGUUGACGUAACGAGGAUGGAAUCCUCCGUCCACCUGUGACGUUUCUGUUGAGCUUUUUACUGACCUGGCAGAGGCGGCUUCUCAUAGGGCGGACUUUUAUUGUAAAUAAGAAAAAUGUAAUUAUUUAUUCUCCUCACUCUAGAGGGAAAAUGACGAAAAGAAUCCCAGUCUUUACUGGCAUUGACAGGAUACAGCUUCCUUUUGUUUUUUCUCUUUACUGUUAUGAUAUUUUUUUUUUGAACGGAAUACGACAUCGAUAAAUGGUUUUU